CCACUUGCGCAAGCAAUUGAUGCGUACAGCAAGGUAAACUUGUAUAGCCUUUUGGCUUGGAAGCCAGCAUACUUCGAAAGACCACUUCGCAAUGAACCAAGACGGUUCUCGAAGGUCCCUGAUUAGGGGGAACCCCUUCUCUUUCUUUGCGGUUUCGAAUCUGUACACGAUAGAGGAAGUCAGCCAACAUACUAAAAGCAUGGCGGGGUCGUCCGAUCUCUAUGUAGAGAACGGAUCUUCAGCUCACGACAGCCUGACUGCGUUGCCCUCCUGGGACGAGAUCCAGACACGACCUCGGACAGCACUGUCGAGCCUCCAAAGCCCUAAAAAGGCUCACACUCGGCCACGUUCAAAACUCAGAAGCGCGGAUGUCGUAUUCGAGAAGCCAGAGCUCGAGAAGGAUACUGAAAGGGGCAUUGCCAAUGAUCGGUCCGGUGCAAGUACACCCGCCGCGGACAAGGACAAGCCUCGCCAUUCUCGGAUGAUGGUAUGGUUGGUCCUCAUCGUUGUCAUCGUUCUUGCUCUGGCUGUGGUAUUGGGUGCGGUCCUAGGCACAUUUGUCAGUCCUGGGGGUGCUUCGAACUCUCCCCAGCCUUCCGUCACUGAGAUCCCCGCCGGCGCCAGUCCGAGCCCAACACCAACUUCGACGCCAGGCGGAGCGUCUCCAGUGCCCACGUUCCCACCUCACUUGGAAUCCAUAGGGGCCUCGGGGUGGAGCGUCCCCGGCGAAGCGGGAUACUAUGUUGUGUGGCUGGUCACGCAGAAUACGGAGGGCUACCUGAACCGACACACGUUCAACUCCAGCACUGGGAAUUGGACUCGUAUCUCCAACUUUGCCAAAGCAAAACAGGGUACACCUUUGGGGGUGGCGUCUCUAAGAUCCAAGUACUAUGAUGGCGAGCCGAAUUACAAGUUCCCAGGCGUAGACUACCAGACAUCUGUGGUGUACCUAAACGACAACAACUACCUCCUGGAAUGGAUCUUUCCCGAUAGCGGUCCGGUGGAGGGCCAACCCGGACCGUUAACUGAGCAAAAGUAUAUGGCGCACGAGGCGAGCAAAUUAGCCUACUACUGGCCAACACUCAGCUAUCAGGGUCUUUCCGGUGAAAUACGACAAGCAUACUACGAAUGUCAUCGAAAGAACGAAUGCUGGCAUGACCGCGUGCUGGACACCAACGAGGCGAAGAAUGGAACCCAACUGGCGAUGUCGCCGAUGCAAAACGAGCUUACGGUCGCUGGCCUGUUCUAUCAAGAAAAAGACGGUGGUCGAGUCGUAAUCUACAGAGAGGACAAUGGAAAUGGAACAGCUGAGCUGUGGUCCAACGAUGCCUUCUCCUCUAGCGUACCAAGGGACUCGUCGCUGUCUGCAUUCUCGACUGUUCGAAUCGGGCUACGCGAUGAAUCUAAAUUGAAUACGUAUCUGCUCUGGCAGAAUGAUGCCAACAACACUGUGCAAAUGAGUUGGACGGACAACGAGGGCGAGUGGACAGGUCCUCGUUCCUUUCAAGCCUUCGCCAGCGCGGACAAUAAUACUGCAAUGGCAUGUUUGACUGGCCUCACUUUUCCAAAAUCACAUUCACAUCUUCCGGCGGGCACGGAACUCUCUCGGUGUUACUUUCAAUCAGGGGCUGCGGUGCGCGAGGUCAGUUUCGAUGGCGCUGGCUGGGAUGUGGUAGGCAAUGUCCCUGUCGAGUUUUGAGUUCGCACGUGGAGAUGGUGGUGGUUGCUAUGGACGGCGGCACGCGGG